AUGCAACUGAAAACUCAGUUGUUGUUGUUAUUCUUCUUCUUCUUCUUCUACUGUUUCAUUGAUUUCUCUUCUCACGUUCAAGCUUCUGUGGCUAAUGAUGAUGAAGUAUCUGCUUUGCUUUCAAUAAAAUCAGGUCUUGUUGAUCCAUUGAAUAGUCUCAAAGGCUGGAGAUUGGUCGAAAAGAACGAAAAUCACUGUAACUGGACCGGAGUUUUGUGCAACAGUGAGGGAUAUGUUGAGAAGCUUGAUAUCUCUCACAUGAAUCUCAGUGGAAUUGUUUCUGAUGAAAUCCAACGGCUCAAAAGUCUCACUUCUCUCAACUUGUGCUGCAAUGCGUUCUCUUCUUCGUUGCCGAAAUCCGUAGCCAAUCUCACCACAUUGCGGAGCCUCGAUGUCAGCCAGAAUUUAUUCAUUGGUAGCUUUCCUUCGGGCCUUGGAAGAGCAGGUGGAUUAACAUAUUUGAAUGCUUCGAGCAAUGAUUUUACGGGAUUUGUUCCUCAGGAUCUUGGGAAUGCCACUUUGUUGGAGACUUUGGAUCUCAGAGGAAGCUUCUUCCAAGGGACUAUUCCAAAGUCUUUCAAGAACUUGCAGAAGCUCAAGUUUCUUGGCCUCUCUGGGAACAACCUCUCAGGCCUAAUCCCGCCGGAGCUCGGGCAGCUUUCCUCCCUGGAGAGUGUAAUUCUUGGCUACAACGAAUUCGAAGGUGGAAUUCCGCCCGAGUUUGGAAAUCUCACCGCUCUAAAGUAUCUUGAUUUGUCAGUUGGCAAUCUUGGCAAUGAGAUUCCACCUGAACUGGGGAGGCUCAAGAAUCUGGAGACGGUUUUCUUGUACAAGAACAAUUUCGAAGGCAGAAUUCCACCGCAAAUCAGCAAGAUGGCUUCGCUGAAGUUGCUAGAUCUCUCGGACAAUAUGUUAUUAGGAGAAAUCCCUGCUGAAUUAGCAGAGCUGAAGAAACUUCAGCUACUGAAUCUGAUGUGCAACCGGUUGUCCGGUUCAGUGCCACUCCAACUUGGGAGCUUGCCAAAAUUAGAGGUUCUUGAGCUCUGGAACAAUUCGUUUACGGGUCCUUUGCCAAGUGAUCUUGGCAAUAAUUCACCAUUGCAGUGGUUGGAUAUAUCGUCCAAUUCCUUCUCUGGUGAGAUUCCACCAACCUUGUGUGAUAAGGGCAAUCUCACCAAGCUCAUCCUCUUCAACAAUGCCUUCUCAGGGCCAAUUCCAGUUGGCUUGUCGACAUGUUCUUCGCUCGUCCGUGUUCGAAUGCAGAACAAUCUCAUAUCGGGAAUAAUUCCUGUUGGGUUUGGCAGGCUUGGGAAGCUUCAGAGGUUAGAAUUGGCAAAUAACAGUCUCACUGGUCAAAUCCCAGACGAUAUCUCUUCCUCUACAUCACUUUCUUUCAUUGAUUUCUCUAGAAACAACCUCCACUCUUCUCUUCCUUCCACCAUUCUUUCAAUUCCUACUCUCCAAACUUUCAUGGUCUCCAACAACAACCUGGAAGGACAAAUCCCAGGUCAAUUCCAGGACUGUCCUUCACUUUCGGUGCUCGAUCUCUCGUCGAACCAUUUCUCCGGAAGAAUCCCAGCAAGCAUUGCUUCAUGUGAGAAAUUGGUGAACCUGAAUCUCAGGAACAACAAGUUAAGUGGAGAAAUCCCAAAAUCGAUCGCAAUGAUGCCAACUUUGGCCAUUCUAGAUCUCUCCAACAACUCUCUGUCUGGUGGAAUACCCGAAAACUUUGGAAUGUCACCGGCCUUGGAGACACUCAAUGUAUCAUACAACAGACUAGAUGGCCCUGUCCCAGCAUAUGGUGUGCUGAGAACAAUAAACCCCAAUGACCUCGUUGGCAAUGCUGGCCUCUGCGGUGGUGUCCUCCCUCCAUGCUCUCAGAAUGCCGAAUUCACGUCAAGGCGUAGGAGUUUGCACACAAAGCACAUCAUUGCCAGUUGGAUCAUUGGCGUAUCAUCAGUUUUAGCAGUAGGGAUUGCGCUUUUCAGCGCAAGAUCUCUUUACAAGAGGUGGUACUCAACCGGGAUUUGCUUUGGGGAAAGUUUCCAAAUGGGCAGUGGAGAGUGGCCAUGGAGAUUGAUGGCAUUCCAGAGACUUGGUUUUACAAGUGCUGACAUUCUUGGCUGCGUGAAGGAGUCAAACAUCAUCGGAGUUGGAGCUACAGGGACCGUUUACAAGGCUGAGAUUCCACGUUCAAACACAGUUGUAGCAGUUAAGAAGCUAUGGAGAUCAGAGAUAGAUAUUGAGACGGGAAACAGUAAUGAUCUAGUUGGAGAAGUGAAUCUCUUGGGAAGACUUAGGCAUAGAAACAUUGUGCGGUUAUUGGGAUUUCUACACAAUGAUUCAGACGUCAUGAUUUUGUACGAGUUUAUGCCUAAUGGGAACCUUGGAGAAGCUUUGCACGGCAAGCAACAAGCCGGAAGGUUGCUUGUGGAUUGGGUUUCACGUUAUAACAUAGCACUUGGUGUUGCACAAGGGCUUGCUUAUCUACACCAUGAUUGUCAUCCGCCUGUCAUCCAUCGAGACGUCAAGUCCAACAACAUUCUACUCGAUAAAAAUCUCGACGCAAGGAUUGCUGAUUUCGGGUUGGCACGUAUGAUGGUCCGGAAGAACGAGACUGUUUCUAUGGUGGCCGGAUCCUAUGGCUACAUGGCCCCUGAGCUUGGAUACACCUUGAAGAUUGAUGAAAAGGUUGACAUAUACAGUUACGGGGUGGUUCUAUUGGAGCUGCUCACCGGAAAACGGCCGUUAGAUUCAGAGUUUGGAGAAUCAAUCGACAUUGUCGAAUGGAUUCAGAGGAAGAUUAGGGACAACAAGUCUUUAGAAGAAGCAUUACACUCGAGUGUAGGAAACUGCAAGCAUGUUCAGGAAGAGAUGCUCUUAGUCCUUAGAAUAGCGCUUCUUUGUACCGCAAAGCUUCCCAAGGAUAGACCCUCCAUGAGGGAUGUCAUAACAAUGCUUGGAGAGGCAAAGCCUAGAAGAAAAAGCAGUAGCAACAAUAAUGAUGGAAAUGCAGCUAACAAAGACAAGCCCAUCUUUAGCACUUCACCUGUGAAUGGCCUUCUGUGAUGAACAGAUUAUUGAGUGUUCUUCCAUUUGGCCGUGUAAUUUGAUUCUUCUUUUGUAUGUAGAAUUGUUAAUUGUCAAAGGAAAAACGCUUGUAAUCACUGGCCCCUCUCGGUUGUCUAGAAGAUUUAUAUGCAUAUAGAGUUUGAAUUUUUGUGCAAGGAGCAAAGUUUGAAAAAGCAGACAAAUUGUUGU